AUGAAUGAUCAUGAUUUACGCGCUGUUAUUUUAAAAGUAGAACAACGCCUUAGUGUUGAUGAUCGUCACCGUUUACAUUUUUUCUUAUAUAAUGAUGUUCCAAAAAAAUAUGGAGAUGAUCUAUCAUUAUAUGGCACUCUAUCGAUUAUACAAUCUCUUUUCGAACAAGAUAAAAUUAAUUCCAAUGAUUUCACGUUUUUAAUCAAAACAUUCUAUGAGAUUCAAUGUUAUGAUGCUGUAAAACUUCUAACUGAACAUAUGAAAGAACUACAACCGAAUGGAUUAAAUGAAUCGAUGCGAAGUUUAUCUAUAAUAAUGCCACCUGUCAUCGAACAAUUAGUAGAUGAUAAUGAUGGCAUAUAUUCUAUAGACACUGCUUUGCCUCAAGAAAAUAUUUGUGAAAACAAUAAUAUUGAAAUGAAUAUUAUUGACGAUGGUCGAAAAAGAACAUGUAAAUUGAAGGAACAAAAUCAAUCAUUAAAAAUAUUAUCAAUGACACGAAAAUGUUCGUUAGUUUUUAUUCUCUUAUCGAUUAUUCUCGGAAUACUGUUAAUUGGUUGUUGUGUAUGGAUUAUCAUCUUAAAUAUGAAAUAUCAGCACAUACUCAAGGAAAAAACUAUGAACGAAGAAAAAAUCGACGAUUUAAAUACGCUUCAGUCGAAAAACCAGCAAAAAAUUGAUUAUUUUAACAAAACAUUGUCAGAUUUGCGAGAUAAUCUAAAGAUAGGCAUUACUGUUGCUGGUGGUCAUGGAUCAGGCACUGCUACCAAUCAACUCAAUACUCCUAGAGGUCUUUUCAUCGAUGAGAAUCGAACUAUGUUUAUUGCUGACGAAAAAAACCAUCGUAUUGUUCAAUGGAAGUUGGGUGAUGAGAAUGGAACAGUGGUGGCUGGCGGUAAUGGUAAAGGAAAACAAUUGGAUCAAUUCGAUUCUCCAACUAGUGUAGUGAUUGAUAGUGUGACGAAUAGUCUCAUUAUUUGUGAUUCUAAGAAUCGACGAGUCAUACAAUGGUAUCAUCGUAAUGGCACCAAAGAAGGAACAAUUUACAUUAACAAUAUUGGAUGUGCGGAUAUGACCAUCGAUAACGAUGGCGGUCUUUACAUUAUUGAUCUCGACAAACAUGAAGUUAGACGGUAUGAAAUGAAAGGCACUAUUGUAACCAGUGUGGCUGGUGGCCAUGGAGAAGGCUCUAAUCUUAAUCAGCUCCGCUUUCCUUCUUUCAUCUUUGUCGAUCAACAACAUAAUGUAUAUGUAGCAGACAAUGCUAAUCAUCGUAUUUCGAAGUGGAAUAAAGGUGCAACAGAAGGUAUCAUUAUUGCUGGGUACGGUGGUUGCGGAGAUGAUUUUGACCAACUUUGUAAUCCCAAUGGAUUGUUCGUUGAUACUAAUGGUACAUUGUAUGUGGCAGACGAUAGCAACAAUCGAGUGAUGCGUUGGCUUCAAGGAGAACAACGAGGUGCUGUUGUUGUUGGUGGACAUGGUCGUGGAUUCACAUCACGUCACUUUGAUGGUUUAAAUGAUUUAGUCUUUGAUCAUCAUGGCGAACUUUAUGUUAUCGACCGUGGAAAUAAUCGAAUACAAAAUUUUGUAAUUCGAUAG